UGUCCCACCAGCCCAGAGGCAGGUGCAGAGCCCAGGGGCUGCGCAGGAGCGGCGCUCGGGGACGCGGUUGGGAGUUGGGGUGCGAGGAGGGGUGGUGGGGGGGGUGUCCUGCAGCGGCAGCCCCGAAACGCCAACUUUUUGGCUCCCCCCUACCCCCCCGCGCUGGUCAGUUACCGGCGUCGGGGCUGUCGGGAACCACUCGCUGAUUGGCUGCCGCCCGCUCAUUUAUAGCCCGUCAAUCAAAUGCCCCCGGGAUUGGUGCGCGCAUCGCUCGGCGCUGCCCGCGGGACGCGCUCCGCACCGCUCAGCAGGCGCGCCCGCAGCAGCACCACCUCGGGGAGCGGCGCAUCCGCCCAUCGGGCAGAAAAACUUCCUCCUGCAGCAGCUGCCAAGGCCGGUUCUUUCCUCUCCUUUUUAUUUCUUUUUUUCGUUUGUUUGUUUGGUUUUGUUUUCUUUUUGUUUUUAACUUCCUUUCCCCGCGCUGGUGCCUGCCUGCCCGCCGCCCUGGCGCACCUCUUGCCGGCUCCGGCCAUGUACAGCAUGCUGGAGACUGAGAUCAAGACGCCGCAGCCCACGCCAGGCAGCGCCGGGGGCACCCCCGCUCCCGGGAGCAACGGGAAAGGCGCGGGAGGCGGCGGAGCCGGUGGCGGGGCGGGAGCCGGCUCGGACCAGGACCGGGUGAAGCGCCCCAUGAACGCCUUCAUGGUGUGGUCGCGGGGCCAGCGGCGGAAGAUGGCCCAGGAGAACCCCAAGAUGCACAACUCGGAGAUCAGCAAGCGCCUCGGGGCCGACUGGAAGCUGCUGAGCGAUGCCGAGAAGCGACCUUUCAUCGACGAGGCCAAGCGCCUGCGGGCCGUGCACAUGAAGGAGUAUCCGGAUUACAAAUACCGGCCCCGAAGGAAGACCAAGACCUUGUUGAAGAAGGACAAAUACUCGCUACCCGGCAAUCUGCUGGCCCCGGGAGGGGGCAACGCGGUAAGCAGCCCUGUCGGGGUCGGCCAGAGGAUUGACACUUACGCGCACAUGAACGGUUGGACCAACGGGGCUUACUCGCUGAUGCAAGACCAGCUCGGCUACAGCCAGCACCCGGGCAUGAACAGCCCGCAGCUGCAGCAGAUGCACCGCUACGACAUGACGGGGCUGCAGUACAGCCCCAUGAUGUCCACGGCCCAGACCUACAUGAACGCCGCCUCCACCUACAGCAUGUCCCCCGCCGCCUACGGCCAGCAGCCCUCCACGGCCAUGAGCCUGGGCUCCAUGGGCUCGGUGGUGAAAUCCGAGCCCAGCUCGCCGCCUCCGGCCAUCACCUCCCACUCGCAGAGGGCCUGCCUGGGAGACCUGCGGGAUAUGAUCAGCAUGUACCUACCCCCGGGGGGGGAUGCCACAGACCCUUCCUCCCUGCAGGGCAGCAGGUUACACAGCGUCCACCAGCACUACCAGAGUGCCGGGACUGGCGUGAAUGGUACCGUACCACUAACUCACAUAUAAACUUGGCUGCUCAGGACGGCUCCCCGUCUUAAUCCCUAACCCCACCACCGCGCCCUGACUCCAUCGGGAUGUACGGCAGUGUUGCUCGGCUUAGCAGACUUAAUACUAACUUUGGAGAAAUUUUAAAAAGGAAAUCCGUUAGCUGUGUCCUUUUUCAUUUUUUUUCUUUUUUUUUUUUUUUUUUUUGUACAACAAUAAGUAUAUGAGGACGCUGUUAUUUUAAUAGAGCACAACUCCUGCCUCUUAGAAGCCGCUGUGAAGUUUUGAAACCACAGCAACUUCUUUCCUGUUUUCUGCUAGGUUGGGCACUGUUUUAUUCGCUUAAAAGUUUUUAAAAGAUCUUGCAUCUUCCAGUUUGAUUUCUAGAGUUGCAAUGACGUAAAAAAAAAAUAAUUAAAACAACAAACCGGCGGGCUUUUGGUUUUAAACUCAGUUGUUCACGUUAUCGUUGUGUUUCUUAAAUGUUUUGUUCUUUCCACCUUAUCCAGCCUCGCUUGGUUUUUAUCUACAAUCUGUAGCUUUCACGACUUUUUAAACUAAAUUUAGUGUUUUGUUCCUUAAAAAAAGGGGAGGUGGGAGAGAGCUGUGCGGGUCGCAAACGCAUUUCUUUUAUUUAUAGCAAGUUGUGUGUUUUGUUUUUUUCUUAAACUGUAAACUUAUGUAAAUUGGUUUGUGAAUUUUACUGUGAACAAUGUUUUGACAUAUCAGAUGAAGAAACGUUUUAGUUUUGUUUACCGGAUUUCUUCCCCCCAAAAAAAGUCAUCGAAACACUCCUUCCCCUCUCCCUGUCCCUAGUCCUCGUUUGCUUCCAUCUUCCAAACGAAGAGAGAUCAAUAAAUUUUAU